CUUUGCUCUGCCUUUCCAGCCAGCACUGACUGCCAAGAGGACCUGUGGCCACUGUCUCUUUCCUCUCUCCACCAACUCCUUUGUUCUCCUACUGUUUACCUUCUGACACCAUGGACCCCAACGCCAUCAAGGAGGAGCUGCGCCUGUUUCAGAGCACCCUGCUCCAGGACGGCCUGAAAGAGCUUUUGAAUGAGAACAAGUUUGUGGACUGUCACCUGAAAGUAGGCGAUCGUAGCUUUCCCUGCCAUCGGCUGAUCAUGGCUGCCUGCAGCCCUUACUUCAGGGAAAUAUUCUUUACUGAAGAUGGGAAGGAGGUGGAGAACACCAAAGAGGUGGUCCUUGAGGAUGUUAACCCUUCCAUCCUGGACAUGAUUAUUCAGUACCUCUACUCAGCUGAAAUUGAUCUCACCGAUGACAACGUUCAGGAUAUAAUUGCUGUGGCAAACAGGUUCCAGAUCCCUUCUGUCUUCACAGUGUGUGUAAACUACCUUCAGAAGAAGCUGUCCUUGGGUAACUGCUUGGCCAUCUUUAGGAUGGGCCUGGUGCUCAGCUGUCCCAGGCUCGCCAUCACUGCACGCAACUACAUUGCUGACCGCUUUGAACUCCUUUAUAAGGAAGACGAGUUCCUAAAACUCGCUGCCCAUGAACUGUUUGCCAUUAUUGGUGGAGACUCGUUGAAUGUUGAUAGAGAGGAACUGGUUUUUGAAGCCGUCAUGGCCUGGGUCCGCCAUGACAGGGAGAAACGCCUCAAGGUCCUGAAGGAUGCUUUCAACUGUAUCCGGUUCCGCCUCCUGCCAGAGAAAUACUUCAAAGAGAGAGUGGAGACUGAAGAGAUUAUCAAAGCUGAUCCAGAGCUUCAGAAGAUGAUUCAGGUCAUCAGGGAUGCUUUCAAGGGCAAACUGCCAGAGAAACCCAAGAAGAAUGAGGGAGAGGAGGGGGCCAGCAAGGAAGGAGGUGAAGAGGAGGACAGUCCAUUCCCUGGAUUCCUGAAUGACAAUCGCAGACACGGCAUGUAUGCUCGUGACUUCAUCCUGAUGAUCAAUGACACGGCAGCAGUGGGAUAUGACGUCAGUGAGAACGAGUGCUUCCUGGCAGCCAUGUCCGAGCAGGUGCCACGUAACCACGUUAGCCUGGUGACAAAGAAGAACCAGCUAUACAUCAUUGGAGGACUCUUUGUCGACGAGGAAAACAAGGAUGUUCCUCUGCAAUGUUAUGUAUAUUUGUUGGAUCCGUUCAGCUCAGACUGGAUCGCACUGCCCCCAAUGCCUUCUCCAAGAUGUCUCUUUAACAUCGGAGAGAGCGAGAACCUGCUGUUUGCUGUGGCUGGAAAAGACCUCCAGUCCAAUGAAUCACUGGAUAGCGUGAUGUGCUAUGAUACUGAGAAGAUGAGGUGGAGCGAGACCAAAAAGCUUCCUCUGAAGAUCCACGGCCAUGCAGUUGUCUCCCACAAAGGGCUGGUCUAUAGCAUUGGAGGAAAGACGGAUGACAACAAAGCCCUCAACAAGAUGUUUGUGUAUAACCACAAACAGUCAGAGUGGAGGGAGCAGGCAGCCAUGAAGACACCCAGAGCCAUGUUUGGAGCAGUUGUCCACAAUGGCAAGAUCAUAGUGGUUGGUGGAGUCAACGAGGAAGGCCUCACUGCCUCGUGUGAAGCCUAUGACUUUGCAACGAACAAGUGGGAGCCCUUCACAGAGUUUCCUCAGGAGAGAAGCUCUGUCAACCUAGUGAGCAAUGGUGGCUCCCUUUACGCUGUGGGUGGCUUUGCUAUGGUUCAGAUGGAGAACAAAGAGGUGACUCCCACAGAGGUCACUGAUGUCUGGCAGUAUGAGGAAGACAAGAAGCAGUGGAGCGGCAUGCUGAGGGAGAUGCGCUAUGCUGCUGGAUCCUCCUGUGUUUCUAUGCGCCUCAAUGCUGCAAAGAUGCCUAAACUGUAGACAGAGGCAGUUUUUUUCUUUCUUACACAUCCCCAUCAUCAACACCUUCUGUCACCCUCUCCUCCUCAAGCGAGCUACCCCCUGGCCACCUAAUCCUCUCUACUCAGAUUUCUGUGCGUCAAGUUGAACUUUGACAUUCAUUUUUUUCUGAACUAAGAUGAUUUUUAUCUCUACAAUAAAACACUUGCUUCUGGACUGCGCCAUCCCGAUAGUGAAUAGAAGUCACAAUUUAGAGUGAUUUCUAUUCACUGUUUAAUCAUUUCUAGCUUCCCUUUUGUAAAAUAAACAUUUGUAAACCUCA